AUGUCUACCGCCGAGCUCGCCUGCUCUUACGCCGCCCUCAUCCUGGCCGAUGACGGUAUUGAGGUCUCCGCCGACAAGAUCCAGACCCUCAUUGGUGCCGCCAAGGUUCCCGAGGUUGAGCCCAUCUGGGCUCAGAUCUUCGCCAAGGCUCUCGAGGGCAAGGACAUUAAGGAGCUCCUGACCAACGUCGGCUCCGCUGGCCCCGCCGCCGCCGCCCCCGCCGCUGCCGGUGGUGCUGCCCCCGCUGCUGAGGAGAAGAAGGAGGAGAAGGAAGAGGACAAGGAGGAGUCCGAUGAGGACAUGGGCUUCGGUCUCUUCGACUAA